UAACUUUUGGAAAUGGAAGCACAAACACAAAAACACAAAGUCUCUGUUCUAUCUUUUAACCCAUUCAAGAAUCGUCCUUUACUUUCAGUGCCUCUCUUACUUUGCCUAUCUCCUACUCCUCUGUUUCUACGCCUUCUCUCAGCCUUUCUUGUUCUAUCAGAGUGAAUGGAGCUGUGGACAGAAGGUAGAGCCCUAAAGGCAAGUCUAAGAGGAGAAGCAAUAAAGCAUCAGGUGAUUGUGUCUGAGGAACUAAGCCGAACUUCUUCUGCUGAAGAUUUCUCCGUUGAGUGUUUCCUCGAUUUCUCAGAAGAAGGUCAAGAACAAGAAGAAGAAGAAGGAUCUGUAUCUGUUUGUUCUUCACAAGAAGAACAAGGUUGUCGUAUCUUUAGUUCACAACCUCGCAUCUUUGAUCAACUUCCUUCCUUGCCGGAUGAAGAUGUGGAAGAGCUUGAAUGGGUAUCUCGUGUUGUGGAUGAUUGUUCUUCACCAGAAGUCUCACUUCUCUUCACACAAACCCACAAAACCAAACCAAGCUUCUCAUCUUCAAUUCCGGUUAAACCAAGAACCAAACGGUCUCGGAACAGCUUAACCGGUGACCGGGUGUGGCCACUAGUUUCAAUCAACCAACAUGCAGCAGGAGAGCAGUGUAAGAAGAAGAAACUUGAAACGGCGCUUGUGUUUCAAAGAAGAUGCAGCCAUUGUGGCACAAACACCACACCUCAGUGGAGAACCGGUCCGGCCGGUCCAAAAACCUUAUGCAAUGCAUGUGGAGUCCGGUUUAAGUCCGGUAGGCUCUGCCCGGAGUACAGACCGGCGGAUAGUCCGACGUUCUCAAAUGAGAUCCACUCAAAUCUUCAUAGGAAGGUUAUGGAACUGAGAAAGAGUAAAGAGUUAGGUGAAGAGAGAGGAGAAGCUACUACUAAAUCAGACCAGGUCAAAUUUGGCAGCUAAGUGGUAGAGAAGACUUAGGUAAAAUGAAAACCUACUUGUUUUAACAUUAUCUCUAGUUUUGUAAAAUUUAACAACUUGGUCCAAAACAUAUUAAGCUGUUUUGGAAUUAGUGUCUGAAAAGGGUUGUUCUCUAUAAACAAAGAUUAUGUAUUUUUAAAGAUGUUAGACCACCA